AAAACAAUACAAAAUCGCAAACAAAAACAAUAACAACACAUAAUACUAAUAAUAAUAGAUAAAAUCUAAUACAAAUAACUGUUAUGGCGAACACCAGCGUUCUAUCUUUGAUCUCACUCGAUAACGAGGCGGCGACGACGGCCGACGAUUUCGCCUGGAAUGUCAGCACGACUGCAGCACCGAGCAUUGUGGCUCAACCGUUGGCGCUCUAUCACAAUCGGCGCCGCUUCUUGUUCAGCGGCAUUGUGCUGUUGCUCGGCGUUAUUGGCAAUUUAUUGGCGCUGAUCAUUUUGGCGCGCAAAAAAGCGACAAAAAAUAGCAAAUACACGCUUAUGCUGCGCUGCUUAGCGUCAAACAACCUUAUCGGCCUGCUCGGCAUGUUAACAACGAUGCUGCUGAAAAUUUAUGUGCCAGAGGAAGAGUUCAAGGCCUACGUGCGUUGGGAUUGCACGUUGAAAGUGUUGUGUCGCUUCUUCGGUCUCAGUUCCGGUUGCAUUGCGGCAGUGAUGGCCAUUGAACGUUGGAUGGCGUUGGCGCGGCCGUUCAUCUAUCAUAAGCAUAUCACAUAUGAACUUGUGCGCAAAACUAUCAAUUCGCUUGUGCUCAUCGCAGUUGUUAUCACGUUCCUACCUUUCAUCGGUUUCGGCGCCUACAUUGACGAGAGUGACCCAGAAAAUCCGAAAUGUUUGCGUUAUCGCGAUGCCGAAGGCUUUUGGAAUAAAACAUAUUCGGUGUUGUUUAUGCUUUUCGGUUCACUUUUGUGCGUCGUCAUUGUUGCUUGCAAUUUGUUCGUGACACGCGUACUCUGCUUCAUCGGACGCACACGCACCACCAAGCGACACAUGCACUACGAUAUGGUGAAUCGCGAAAAGGGCAGCGUAAGUCGCAUUGAGGGCGAACCGAGCAGCGGCUCCUCGCUGUAUCAUCACAGCAACAGUGUCACAAUGACGGCAGACGCCUCCCCCGAUGAGAUUAAAUUCGCCAAACUGAUGGCCUACCUGAGCAUCUCCUUCGUCAUCUGUUGGAUGCCGCAAAUGAUUGCCAUACCGAUGGCCAUUUUACCGAACCGUGUGCCGAAGGCGCAUCCCUUCUUCAUUUUGGCCGAUGUGCUGAUGGCACUGCACUUCACCUCGGAUCCAUACAUUUAUGUGCUCAGCCGGACGAAGCACUCCUACAUUUUGGGCUGUUUCAAGCGCUGUCGCUGCGAACUGCGACGCUCGCAUAGUGAUCAGAGCCGGCUGCGUACCACCAUCGAGCAGAAUACGUCGGAUUGUGGACUGAACUGAGGUUCGUGGCGUGGCGCACGAGCGCCGGCGCGUACAAGUAUUUUGAAUUUCUAGUUAUAUGUACAUAUGUCAUAUAUGUAUGUAUUUAAUAUAUAUUUUUUACUCUAUACUUUUUUAAUGGAAAGUGAAAGUGUGUUUAGAGAGUUGGUUAGAAAGUAACGGUGCAAAUGCUUGUAAUGACUGCUGAUUGGCAACGGGUUGAUGUACUGGUGUGAAUGCUGAACGAACAAAACCAAAUAAUUAUACAUACCGUUAUUCCUUAAAGACAUGUCAAAGUAUUUAUCCUAAAAUUGUACUUAAAAAGGCGUAUUUUGAAAAUCCAAAAAAUUUAUAAAUUUAUUAGUGUUUGUAAUAAUUUCUUAGGGGUGCUUAAAAACUAAGUUGUAUAGAAAACCGCACAAAAAAUGUUACAAAGUGAUAAUUUUACGCCAUUGUUUAACUGCACGCGAAGAUCUAAGUACGUAUAUAUACUAUGUCUGUCCAUAAAAACUUUUGUUUAUACGAUUUUGUAGUCACUAGUACAUAUUACACACAUCUAAAUAUAAAUUAGCUUGUAAGUUACAAAUAAAUUCGAAAUUCUGUACUUAUAAAGUAUGAAAUAAUAUUUGUUUGGCAUAAAUCUAAUUAAAAUAAUAUAUUUUUAAUAUACAUACUUAAAUAAAAAAAAAAUAUGUUUGUAACGUCAUUUAAAUACACCAGCGUACUAUUCCAGACAUUCUAGAAUAUUUUUUAUAGCCUCAACAGUCAAGUUCAACACUCAAUCAAGUUUGCCACGAAGUUUGUACGUGGUCCGUAACACCACUGAAACGGCAGAGACACUAUGGAAUAUGUAUAUAAGUACAUACAUAUACUUAUAUAUAAACGACCUUUUCUCCCCAAGAAGCUGGUCAUUUGUCAGAACCAUCGAUAUCGACUCAUUAUUGGAUAUGGCUGCCGUACAAAGUGAGCGAUCAAUCAUGUUCUUGUAUGGACAACUUUUCUUCACGAAAUAGAUUAUUAUGCAAAGUUUCGCUGGAUUGGACUGAGUCAACUUAAAAAAAUGUAUUGAACCAAUCGUUAAAAUUCUUUAAAAACCUUCAAAAUAGGCUCCUUCUGCGUCGAUGCAGCGUUGCCAGCAAGGCGUCACAGAAGGCAUUCUCCGAAAUAACCUUGAGAGCCGAGGUGCAUUCCGUUUGUAUCACCUCUGUCGUCUCAAAAUGCUUGCCUUUCAUCGGCCUUUUCAAG